GGCCUCGCGGCCCCACUCGAGCGUCCUCAGCACCGAGGGCUCGCGGGUCUUGAGGGGAGGAGGCGAACCCGGGGCCGGGCACUGAGCUCUUGGGCGCCCCCACCCCGGUUUUCGGAGCCCUCCACGCUGCGGCCGCUGUCCCCCUCCGGACCAUGGCCGACGACGACGUGCUGUUCGAGGAUGUGUACGAGCUGUGCGAGGUGAUCGGCAAGGGUCCCUUCAGUGUUGUACGACGAUGUAUCAACAGAGAAACUGGGCAACAGUUUGCUGUAAAAAUUGUUGAUGUAGCCAAGUUCACAUCAAGUCCAGGGUUAAGUACAGAAGAUCUAAAGCGGGAAGCCAGUAUCUGUCAUAUGCUGAAACAUCCACACAUUGUAGAGUUAUUGGAGACAUAUAGCUCAGAUGGAAUGCUUUACAUGGUUUUUGAAUUUAUGGAUGGAGCAGAUCUGUGUUUUGAAAUCGUAAAGCGAGCUGACGCUGGUUUUGUAUACAGUGAAGCUGUAGCCAGCCAUUACAUGAGACAGAUACUGGAAGCUCUACGCUACUGCCAUGAUAAUAACAUAAUUCACAGGGAUGUGAAGCCCCACUGUGUUCUCCUCGCCUCAAAAGAAAACUCAGCACCUGUUAAACUUGGGGGCUUUGGGGUAGCUAUUCAAUUAGGGGAAUCUGGACUUGUAGCUGGAGGACGCGUUGGAACACCUCAUUUUAUGGCCCCAGAAGUGGUCAAAAGAGAGCCUUAUGGAAAGCCUGUAGAUGUCUGGGGGUGUGGCGUGAUCCUUUUUAUCCUGCUCAGUGGUUGUUUGCCUUUUUAUGGAACCAAGGAAAGAUUGUUUGAAGGCAUUAUUAAAGGAAAGUAUAAGAUGAAUCCAAGGCAGUGGAGCCAUAUCUCUGAAAGUGCCAAAGACCUAGUACGUCGCAUGCUGAUGCUGGAUCCUGCUGAAAGGAUCACUGUUUAUGAAGCACUGAAUCACCCAUGGCUUAAGGAGCGAGAUCGUUAUGCCUACAAGAUUCAUCUUCCAGAAACAGUAGAGCAACUGAGGAAAUUUAAUGCUAGGAGAAAACUAAAGGGUGCAGUACUAGCCGCUGUGUCAAGUCACAAAUUCAACUCAUUCUAUGGGGAUCCCCCUGAAGAGUUGCCAGAUUUCUCCGAAGACCCUACCUCCUCAGGAGCAGUCUCACAGGUGCUAGACAGCCUGGAAGAGAUUCACGCACUUACAGACUGCAGUGAAAAGGAUCUAGAUUUUCUCCACAGUGUUUUCCAAGAUCAGCAUCUUCAUACACUACUAGAUCUGUAUGACAAAAUUAACACAAAGUCUUCACCACAAAUCAGGAAUCCUCCAAGUGAUGCAGUACAGAGAGCCAAAGAGGUAUUGGAAGAAAUUUCAUGUUACCCUGAGAAUAAUGACGCAAAGGAACUAAAGCGUAUUUUAACACAACCUCAUUUCAUGGCCUUACUUCAGACUCACGACGUAGUGGCACAUGAAGUUUACAGUGAUGAAGCAUUGAGGGUUACACCACCUCCCACCUCUCCCUAUUUAAACGGCGAUUCUCCAGAAAGCGCUAACGGAGACAUGGAUAUGGAGAAUGUGACCAGAGUUCGUCUGGUACAGUUCCAAAAGAACACAGAUGAACCAAUGGGAAUCACUUUAAAAAUGAAUGAACUAAAUCAUUGUAUUGUUGCAAGAAUUAUGCAUGGGGGCAUGAUUCACAGGCAAGGUACACUUCAUGUUGGUGAUGAAAUCCGAGAAAUCAAUGGCAUUAGUGUGGCUAACCAAACAGUGGAACAGCUGCAAAAAAUGCUUAGGGAAAUGCGGGGGAGUAUUACCUUCAAGAUCGUGCCAAGUUACCGCACUCAGUCUUCGUCCUGUGAGAGAGAUUCCCCCUCCACUUCCAGACAGUCCCCAGCUAAUGGUCAUAGCAGCACUAACAAUUCUGUUUCGGACUUGCCAUCAACUACCCAACCAAAAGGACGACAGAUCUAUGUAAGAGCACAAUUUGAAUAUGAUCCAGCCAAGGAUGACCUCAUACCCUGCAAAGAAGCUGGCAUUCGAUUCAGAGUCGGUGACAUCAUCCAGAUUAUUAGUAAGGAUGAUCACAAUUGGUGGCAGGGUAAACUGGAAAACUCCAAAAAUGGAACUGCAGGUCUCAUUCCUUCUCCUGAGCUUCAGGAAUGGCGAGUAGCUUGCAUUGCCAUGGAGAAGACCAAACAGGAGCAGCAGGCCAGCUGUACUUGGUUUGGCAAGAAAAAGAAGCAGUACAAAGAUAAAUAUUUGGCAAAGCACAAUGCAGUGUUUGAUCAAUUAGAUCUUGUCACAUAUGAAGAAGUAGUAAAACUGCCAGCAUUCAAAAGGAAAACACUAGUCUUAUUAGGUGCACAUGGUGUUGGGAGAAGACACAUUAAAAACACCCUCAUCACAAAGCAUCCGGACCGGUUUGCGUACCCUAUUCCACAUACAACCAGACCUCCAAAGAAAGAUGAAGAAAAUGGAAAGAAUUAUUACUUUGUAUCUCAUGACCAAAUGAUGCAAGACAUCUCUAAUAAUGAGUACUUGGAGUAUGGCAGCCAUGAGGAUGCAAUGUACGGGACAAAGCUGGAGACCAUCCGGAAGAUCCACGAGCAGGGGCUGAUUGCAAUACUGGACGUGGAGCCUCAGGCACUGAAGGUCCUGAGAACUGCAGAGUUUGCCCCCUUUGUUGUUUUUAUUGCCGCACCAACUAUUACUCCGGGUUUAAAUGAGGAUGAAUCUCUUCAGCGUCUGCAGAAGGAGUCUGAUAUCUUACAGAGAACAUAUGCACACUACUUCGAUCUCACAAUUAUCAACAAUGAAAUUGAUGAGACAAUCAGACAUCUGGAGGAAGCCGUCGAGCUCGUGUGCACAGCCCCGCAGUGGGUCCCAGUCUCCUGGGUCUAUUAGGCCCCUCCCCAGAUAUCUGAGCAUAACUGGGAGCCACCUCAUACAUGGAAAAGCCUCUUUGUUAUCGGCCUUGUAUCAGCAGGUCGUGGUCCCUAGAGACUACCUAGUUGUAGUGUGACCUACAUUUAUAAUUAUUGUCAUGUCCAAAUAGAUAGGAGGAGAAAAACAAUUACACACUAAUUUAAAGAGACAGUAUCUUUUUUAAUCAGUUCUCCUAAACUUUAAUAAAAUGUAUCUUUAAAUGUAUGUAUUAUUCAAUCCUUUGGAAUGUUAUAUUUUUGGAAAUCAUAGCUUUUUAUUUCCAAGGCCCCUAAAAACUGCACAAAAUAGAUGCUGCUUUCUAUAAUCUAUUUUAAUAAUAAUAAACAAUGAUUCUGUUACCUUGACUGGGGGUGGAACACUACAUUCUUUUUAGAGUCUGAUUUUAUGGAUUGGAAUAUCUUUCUUUCCUUUAUUUAUUUGAAAUAAUUAGUCUAGUGAUUACAAAACAGUCAUAAAUUUUUAAAGGCCUUUUUUUUCUUUUUUUUUUUUUAGAAUAGCAUUUUUUUUAAGUCCUUUAUGUAACAUCCAGAUAAUGUGAUACUGUCUCUUUGAAGCACCCUGUAAACCUUUUAGAGAUUUGAAGUUGGGUCUUGACUCUUAAUGCAUGUGGACAGUCGCGAGCGUUUAUGCUGUCGGUGUGUCUGUGUUGGACAAAACAAUCUGUAAUCUACAGCAAAGUACAUUCCGUUCACGGGGCACACCCAGGGGAAUAAGAAUAAAAUGCUAUUAUGACUAAGUUGUAAACCUAUGCACAUCCCUUGCAUUUCGGGCAACUUUAUAAAAAAAAAAAAAGAAACUGAUUUUUAUUAAUAAUAAUCAUGUAGUGAAAUGUGUUUGUAAUUUUGUCUCAAUUUAAUUUGUUGUAAGGUGGGAGGGGGAAUUGCUGGUUUCACCAUUUCAGAUCUGUGUUGUCUAAGAGUAUUAACGUUUUAAGUAAAGAAAUGAGGAUUUUUAAUCUGUAUGUAAUUGUUUUAAAGCACCCAUUUUAAGAGAAAAUACUGUGCAAUGAAGAAACCAGUUUAGGCAUUUGCUAUAAACUGAAUUAUUCCAAAAGAAUAAUCUAUAACAGCCCUGUAAAUUCCUUUAAAAUGAUAACUAACAGGACAGUUUGACCAAUUUUUUUUAAAUAUACUUCCUUUUACGUGUUCAAUAAUUAAAUGCCUUUGGAUCCUUCAUUUCAUUAUAGAUUUGUGCAGGUGUCCAAGCUGAUAAUCUUUUCGAUUUUAUAAUUUGUUAGAUGCUCAUUGAACCAUCGAAGGCCCAGGAAUGAGUAUCGGUUGGCAGGGUGACAAAAUCGCCUGCCAGAGCACAGCUCGGACCACGUGUGACUUGCAGAGAGCAGUGGGCCCGAGGGCCGCGGGUGUACUGGAGGCCACCUGUGGUCUCUCCUUCCUCUUGCUGUAUCCCUUGGCACAGGGGAAUCAUCUGUCCUUGUUGCUUUAGAGACAUUAACCAUCUCAUCACCCUUCCAUGAGGUCACAUUCUUCCAAUACAGGAGAUUCGGGCUGGGGGUUUUCAGACUCUUUGCCAGAGGUCAGUAGGAUGUUUUCAUUAGCCUGUGAGGGUGUGAAGUGCUUAUAUAAACCUGUGAUCCUUGAAAACAUACCAUCGUUUUUGCUUCUUGUAAGUUAGAUGGCCUCAGUCACUUUGUGCCUUGGCAGGAUGUGCAGGGUGUGUUCUGAGCUGAACAGCUCCUCUUAAAGGACCAAACAGAGAAGGCAUUUGUAUACUCCUUUUACCUUGUCAACACCCCACCCCCACCUACUGUUAUUAAACGAUGCUGAUUUUUUUUUCCUGAUGUUGUUCUUUGUCAGUGACCAGAUGAGUCAGCGGCUUACUAGCAAGGUGUUAAGUGAACUACUUCUGUUUGGGCCCCAAGUGGGGUGACCAAACAACCAAACCAGAGACAGUCUUCAACAGUGGUCUCGCCCUAGAUGGAGAGAGAAACCUUCAAAGAGUUGUUUAGGGCUGUGUUAGGACUGAUUUAAAUCUCAUCAAUGCCAAGGCCAGACAGUCAUUCCUGUGAUGGUACUGACCAACAAUCCGGGCUCCUCUCAGCGUGAGAGUGCCUGCUCUACCUCUUUUCCAACGAAGCACAAAGGAAGAAUACAACGGACAUAUGGGAAACAGAAACUUCCCUUCCUCUGGUAGAAACCCCCAUGCCUCCACUUGCCCUUUCAGACCAAAAUCUCCAGAGAUGCCGACAUGUGCUUCUUAAGCCAUCCACCGUGUUCAUAAAGGUGGGUUGAGCACAGGAGGAGGAAAGCAAUGUGGCUUAAAGGCCUGUGCAUCCUCCGAGCCACAUACAGGCAGGCAGCAUUCUGGCCAUUGUGCUGAUGGCCACAUCCCCACACCGAGAACUCCUUGACUACUCAAAGAGAUCAUCGUCCUCUAAAGCAAUGUCUUUAUGACCUAACAGAAAAAUACUUAAAUUUCUGAAUUCACAGUGAUUUCAGGACAUUGCUGCUGCUGCUGCUACAUUGCACUUGUCCACUAAGCAAUCACAGAAAAUUGCUAAAAGCUUCUUAACUGCUUCCAUUCCAUCAGCAAAACCAUUCUUUUUCCUUUUCAAUACCAGACCAAAUGAUUAGAUUCCUAAAUCUUAUCAGUGGUCAAAUGAAGCAUUGAAGAGCCAUAUUAUGAGGGUUCUCUCCCGCACCCCAACCCCACUCCCUACAGUAAGAAAGAGAGUGUUCCUACAUGUUGAAUUCUUUGUUAAAAAAAAAAUGAAAUGUCCUGAUUUUCUAAUCAUAAGGCAGCGAGUACAUUGCACAUGCAGCAUAUUCAAUUUUAACGCUAAAAAGGAAAACGUCACUCAAUUUAAUUCAUCUGGAAGUUUCCCAGUGUGAAGAUAACAUUGUAGCUUUUUAAAAUGCAAUUAAAUGUAUCUAUCUCUUGUCAGGUGAGAUGGUUUAAAAUAUUUGCUCAGAGAGGAAAAGAAAUGGUUGACCUACUUCUUGCUAUUUGCAUUCAGAAGGCAUCAUCCCAGCUCAUCCUAUUGGUGGCGAAAUAUCUAAGGCUGUGCAAAGUCCCCCCUCUUCCCCUGUCCAAUUCAGCCCAGCGGGGCCAAGCCUUCCUCUGUGCUCCAGGCAUGCCUGGAGGCACUGCCACUACUAUCUUUUUAAAGCCUUUGAUCUCAUCGCUUUGGAGGAGUUUGUUUGUUUGUUUUUAAAUCGCUUAAAUCUCUUCAUUAAGGCUUCGAGUUCAUUUCUUGAAAAAGUUUAGUCAAUCAAGCCACCCUCCAGGAAACUGGACAGUAGAUAGGCCCAGAGUGGAAGCUGCCCCUAAGGAUGAGGCAGCCCAAAGCAAACUCUCUUUUCUCUCCCACUGAUGUGAUGUCCUUUUUUUCAUUUCAGGUCAGUUUCUUAACUUAGGGCAAAGAGAACAUGCUGCUAAGGCUACCAAGAAAACUGCUUGACUAAUACCUUCUUAGUAAAAAUGCCUCCCACUCUGUCUCCCUGGGAAGAGAAGGCUCCCUGCAAUCAGCGUUCCAAAACAAGCCCCUCACAUCCUCUUCCCUCCUGCUUGUUUCCUAUCACCAAACCGGUGUGGGUUUCCUUUUGUUUUCUGCUUUUUCAGAACCAAAUGCAGCCUCCUAAUUCCAUCCUCUUCACAAGGGCUUACAAUACUGAGGCUGAUUAUGGCCUGGCAUAGGUGAAAGGUCCCUGAGCGCACUUCUCUUGUUCUGCGCCUCUAAUUAAUUCUUCUCUUAGAAAGAAACUUUGCUUCUAACUGCAGUUUACAGAAGGGCUACAUGCUUUAAUCAUGAAUCAUUUUGUCUGGGAGAGAUUUUCCUUUUCUUAUCCCUUUAGAAAUAAGGUUUCCCUCUCUGUUUGGCAUCUCCAGUUCCAGGCCUGUUCUCAUAAGGCUUAAGGCUUGAUUGGCUUUGCCCGCACACUCACAUUGGUUUGCCUUAAACUUGGAGCUAAGGGAAGGCUCAGAUUUUCCAGCUUAGUGAGUGAAGUUUAGCUGUCAGCAUAAGCCAGGAAGUGGGGACUAGGGAGAAGACGCAUGUGUUCACCAGCAUCUCCCCAUCCACUCUUUCUCCUGCCACUCUGCGGCUGCAGCAGGUGGGCAGAAACAGCCGCAGAAACCAGAAGGAAGGGGGCAGCUCACCGCUAGGGCAGGCCCUCCCGAGUCUUAGCUCUUUGAGAGGAUAGAAAAUCCUGAGCUCCCACCAUCUCUCACCUGACCCUCCAUCAACUCCUUUGAACCUGUGCAAAUGGACUGAGCAAAAGAAAAUGGAAAGAGAUGUUUGUCACCACACAGGAGACCUCGUUUCUGGCCCCAAGCACAACUGUCUCUAUGUAUGCUCAGAAACUCAGACUUUUCUACCACUUAUGUGUCAGCUCCAUUCUCUCUGGGGUGUGACUAAGGGAAUACGCUAGUGUUCUUACUGACAGCAGCCUGGGAGUGACCAUGUCUGGACCCAGAGGAAGUACAAUCUCUCUAGAGGGAGUCGUGCUUGGGGGUAGAAACAGGCAUCCCUUUACAGUGAGUGGCCCCACCAAUUUUUUUCAUUUGAAAAAGACCAAGAUUCGGAGGGAUUGAUUUCCAGUCUUAGCUGUCUCCCAAAUGUCAUCUGUGCAGGCAGCUGCCGAGUGCAGCAGGCAGCAUGACUGAUGCGAAGGCAGCAACCCUCACAUGCUGAGACCAGAGCAUCAUGUUCCAUUGCAGUGUAGGUGCGUCGCCAUUCAAACUCAGUUCUGGGGUGGUUUUGCAUAAAGUUUUGCCAACGUGUUCUUUUUUCUGUAUGUAUUAUUGCCUUUUUAUAAAAGGUUUUGAAGUAUUGUCUCAGUGAUAAAAAGAGAGAUGUUAAUGGUUGUUGUAUAUUCACCGUAUCCAAUUGUAAGUAUUUGCAGGGUACAGCAAAGCCUUAGCUUGCAAGAGCAUUUGUGCAGGAGGUGUCCUUCAACACCCAGGAGCUGAAGGGAUUGGAAAGGUUCGGAUUCUUUGUAAAUGUCCUGCUUUCUUUCUCUCUGUGUGUAUCUAUUUACAUGCCUUAGCACACGCCCUCCCAUCCUGAUCCCUUUGCCCUGUCGCCGGAACAACCAGAAUGCUGGCACACAGCCAGCGCAGUACAAGUCGAUGAAACCCUAAUCAGUUAUCUCGUGUGACAGGGGAAGAAGAGAACUCCAUAGUACUCUUUGUAGAAUAUACAUACCUGUAGGAUGCUGUGUAAUGGGAAACCAUAGAAUUGGGCUUUUGUCAUUUCAAAGUUGGAGAAAUGUAUGAAUAAAAUGUAUAAAACAUGAAAA